CUCCCCCUUCCUCCCCCAGCUACCAUAGCAACCUCAGAACGGGCAAUUUGGGGACGGCGAGUGCGCGGGGGACGUGCCGCCCUUCACGCAGGGCCUCCCUGUGCGCGUGUCAGAGGGCCGCUCCAGCGGCUGGGCCCGCCCGCGUCUUCUUCGCGGGCUGCGGUCGCGCUGCCUGUAAGGGCCUGGGGAAACGUGCGGCGGGGCUGGGGCACUAUACAGGAUCCUAAUGAAGCUUUUCCACCUUACCACGAGGAAGUUGGUUUCUCAAGUAUAUUGCGGACUUAAACUUGCUCCUGCCAAGAAAGAAAAGUUAUACUUUGAAAUGGCACGACCUAGUUCAAAUAUGGCUGAAUUUCGAGAAAUAUUUGCUAAAGCAAAACAUAUAGCUAUUAUUACAGGGGCUGGAAUCAGUGCAGAGAGCGGUGUUCCAACUUUCCGAGGUGCAGGAGGCUAUUGGAGGAAAUGGCCUGCACAAGAACUGGCUACUCCGGAGGCUUUUGCAAGGAAUCCCUCUAGAGUAUGGGAAUUCUAUCAUUACCGUAGAGAACUUAUGAUGACCAAACAUCCAAACGCAGCACACUUUGCUAUAGCAGAGUGUGAGGCUAAGAUAAGCAAGCAAGGCAGGAGUGUUGCGGUCAUCACACAGAACAUUGAUGAGCUCCACAAAAGAGCAGGAACAAAGCAUGUUUUAGAAAUUCAUGGUAGCUUAUUCAAAACCCGGUGCACCAGUUGUAGAAAUGUGGUGGCGAAUUACAACAAUCCAAUUUGUCCUGCUUUAGCUGGAAAAGGUGCUCCAGAUCCUGAUACUGAAGAAGCUGCUAUUCCUGUGGGAAAUCUCCCUCGAUGUGAACUGUGCAAUGGCCUCUUGCGCCCUCAUGUUGUGUGGUUUGGAGAAACUUUGGAUUCUAAUAUCCUUACAAAGGUUGAAAAAGAACUUGAGAUGUGUGAUCUUUGUUUGGUGAUUGGAACUUCUUCUAUAGUAUAUCCUGCUGCUAUGUUUGCUCCUCAGGUAUCUGCCAGGGGAGUGCCAGUUGCAGAAUUCAACAUGCAAAGCACUCCAGCAACAGAUAAAUUCAGAUUCCAUUUCCCAGGUCCCUGUGGUACUACACUACCUCCAGCCCUUGCUUGUUAAGAACCUGAGAUAAUCUCUUGAAUGUUUAUGAGAAGUACAGAGAAAAACUAUAAUGCUAAUUUUGGUAAUGGUGCAAAUGUAAGAGGAACCUGUUCUCUUUUAGAAAACAUGUUGCCUGAAACUGAACAAUGGAAUCUGAAGAUGAACAAAAUAAAUCAUGUUUCUCAGAUUAUAAGAAUAAGCAGUAGAGAAGAAGAAUGAUGGACAAAGACAUAUGAAAAGUGGUUAUAUCACUAUUGGAAAUUUUUUUUUAUGUGAAUUGAAAGUAUACAAACUGUUUAAACAUGGUGAAAAGGGUAUUUGUACUCUCAAGUUUCAAACUGUAUCUUGGGUAAGUGUCAAGCAAAAGAGGAUGUUACCAUUAUUGCACGUUUCACAAAAUUAUUUUCUGAAAACAGGGUUAAAACUCUGAAAAUUAUAAUAAGCUAGCUUUUAAUAUAGCCUACAUACCAGUACUUUGCAGGAAAUCAGUAAAACAAAAGUACUUUUUGUUAUCAGAUGGUGUGCUUUCUAAUAGGUUCAAGAUUGAGAGCAGUAAGAGAAAUAGUAGAUCAAUAGCAUCAGUUUGCAUAUAGUUGCCUACUUCCUUUUCACUUCCAGAGUUGAAUGAAUAUAUGUAUGAACUUGCUUAAUUACGGCUUCAAUUCUUUGCUGUUCUAAGGCACUAAAAUAAAUUAGUGCUAUUUUAAUUGAUUAAUACUGUUUUCUUGAUCAGAAAGUGAGUCUAUAUUACCAAUCUCAUGUUAGCAGGUAGUGGAUAGUAGGCUGAUUUUAUGUACUUCUGCCCCUUGUUACAGUAACACUGAUAAACACAUUGAAGGGGAAUGAACUUGGUAUAGAAACACUCUGAGCACAAGUAGCGUUCUUUGAUCCCCCGUGGCUUCAUAGGCUCCAUUUUAUAAUUUAAUAUUCAGAUGUAGGUUAGGUUAAAUGGAAAGCAGUACUUAUCAGAGUUCUGCUUGUGCUUCAGGAAAGAACAGAGAGGUAAUUUUGGAUAUGCUUGUUUUGCAGCCCCUAGUUCCUCCUGAAAAGCUGCUCUGGAGUGCAGGAAAACAAGCAGCAAGGUGGCUCCCUGCCCUUUCCUCCACUUGGGAUGCUCUGCUGGCUUCUUCCACCAUAGCCAUUCUGAAUGCCUGUAAUGUCAUGCAUUUUUAUAGAGAUGCCAUUAGCCAAGUUUGCUCCCCUCUCCUUUUUAGCCAUCACUUUGGCUGUGUGAACUGGAAAGAAAAUAUAUUUCUCAAAUCCUAAAGUUGGAGGGGGCCAUUUAAGCCAUUGAGUCCAACUGGCUAUUCAGUGCAAGAAUCCAAAUUAAAGCACUCUAGUCAAAUCGCUGUCUAGCCUCUGAUCACAGCCACAAUCUCUUUAGCUUAUUAUAACUUUAUUGUGGUCAGUGACCAGUCACGUGUGACAAAAAGUCAUAAAAAGCAUAAAUAAUUUUUCAUAGUUGUAAAAUCCUAAAAGUAAGGCAGUAUUUUCCUAUGUAAAGCAAUGGUAGCUGUAAAAAAUACUGUGACUCUUGGAGAUGCUUAGGUUCUGGUCUGAUAAUCUAAUAAAAUCAUGCUCAGAACAAGUGGAACUUCUGUUAGCAAAUAGCAUUAUGAGGGUAGGGUGAAAAUUAUGUAGAAAUAACAGUGAAGGAACUUGUAGUUUCAAGUUCCUCCAAAUAAGGGCAAGUUCACUCUGCAAAAGAAGUAUUGUUAUAUGAGUAUCAUGGAGGACAAGACCGUAAAGUGGGCCAAAGGGGAGCACCACAGUGUGUUGGAACAGGUACUAUCAAAUAAAUGUGUAAUCUGCUGGUG